AUGUCUGAAUAUUUAGUAGAAGAUUUGGAAUGGUUGAUUAAGGAUAGAAUGAAUGUUAAUAAAUAGAGUAAUAGAAGUUUAAAUGAAAUAAAGGAAAAAAUAUUGUAUUACAAUAAGGGAUAUAUAUAAUAUUCAAAUGAAGAACCAUAACAGAGAAUUAAUUAGGGCCAAGAUGAUACCACAGUGAAUAUAGAGAAUUCUGUUUGGUAAUAUGGCUAUCCAAUUAAAAAAGCUGGUGUGCGUAUUACAAAUAUUAUAAAGAAUUAAGUUCAAAUUGGAUGGACAGAUUUCUAAAAAAAUGAAUUUAAAUUUUCUUUCUAAUUCAAAAUGAAAGACAAAAUAAAUUAUAAUCCAUGUAUAGAAAAACAAAAGAAAGAUAAAGAAAAAAAAAAAUAACAACCACUAAGAGAACUUAAUUGGGUGUUUUUGGUCAGAUCAGAGAGUUAAAUACAAUAAAUAAAAUAUAGAAUAUAAGAAUAACAAGAAUUAAAAAUAGAAAAAGAAAAACAGAAAAGAUGUGAUGAUUUUAUUUCAAAAUUUGAUAGUGUAGAGAUUGAAAUCUAUGAUUCAGAAACUUUAGAUAAAUAACUAAAAGAAUAUAACAUUGAAGAUAUGUAUUUUGGUUACAUAUUUGAAAAAUUAAAAAAUCCUACCUUUCAAAAUAUUGUAGCUGCAGAUCUAAUGGCUCGCUCAUAUUAUAGGUAUUUAACUAAACAAAGUGACUAUCAAAUUAAUAAACUUUAAAAAAUUAAAGCCAUCUUACAAAAUAAUUUUAAAAAAUAAGUAGAAAAUAAUCCUAAUCUUCAAUAAAACAAUACAGAAUUUUAUGAUGUAUAAUAAAUUGAAAAAACUCAAUAUAACUUUUAAAGAUUGGAAAAAGCAUAUAUAUCUCAUAUACUGCUUCUUAAUUCUUUGAUGUAUCACUUAAAAUUUAGUAUUAAUCUUAAUGUAGAUUCAUUACUAAAAGCAUAAUCUUUUUUUGAAUGCUUAGAAUUUAGUUCCAUUCGAAAUCAAACUAAUGGAAGUUCGAUGGGAAAUGGAAAAUAAUUGAACUUCAAAAUUUUUUAAUAAUAAGUUAAAGAUUAUAUAGAUUCUGAAAAUAAUGAUAUAUCGAAAUUACAAUAAUUUAAAAAGUAUUGUUUAGAACUUUUUGGAGAGCCUAAGAGGAACCAUUAUUAUGCUAAAUUAUUAGUUGAUUGUUUUAAAAAGACUAAAAACUUAAAAUAAUUAUAGAGAGCUAUUGAAAUUUAUUAAAAGUAUUUGUCUAAUUAACAUCCCUUAUAUAAGGAGGCAUUAAAGCUAAAGGAUUAAAAGCCUGAAUAAAUUUAAUACAACUUAAAUAUAAAUUAAAAUAGGUAAAUAUAAGAUUCUCUCCAUUAGACAAAAUAAUUAAAUGUGGAAAAUACUUUAAAUUAGCUAUCAUUGAUUUCAUUUCAUGAUACAAGUGUGUAUAUAAUGAGAAAUUUAAAUAGUUAAAAUUAAUAAGAUAAUUAAAUUUCUGAAGCUACAUAGAUGUAAAUAAUAUUAUUUUCUGACUCAUAACAAAAUUAACCACAUCCCAUCAAUUAAUCGCAUCCCAUCAACCAAAUAAAACUAUCUUAGACAGAAAAUAAACGGCUUUAAGAGAUAUUAAAAUAAUCUUAAUCAAGUGACAGCUAUCUAUUCUAAUAAGCUUAAGUAAAUGCUUAAAAUGAUAAACUCUCUGCUGCUAUACUUUCUAUUAAUUAAAUUGUAAACAAAGAUAAGAGAGUAUUAAAAUUAGGAUUUAAACUUGAAAAAGAACUAAAAGACAAAAAACAGAGUUCUUACGCUACUAAAUUAUUUUAGUAUUACUUAAUUAAUGGCUAUUAAGAAUUAAUAGAUUUAUAAUGGAUUGGAGAGAUAUUAGAACAUACUUUUUAAAUAUAUAUUGAGAAAUAGGAUUCUUCUCUGAAUGACUAGUUGUUGAAAAAAGUAAUACCAUAUUUUAGAUCACAAGAGUCAAAAACCGAUAAUAAAAUAAUUGUGA